UUCGACCCCGCCCCGCGGGGAGGGCUGGCAGUUUAGUCUAGGGCAGCUGAAACCGGUUUGCGAGGCUGCUGUAGCUGGGCUCGGUGCUGCCUCGGGCCACCUAAGGGAGCGCUGGCGAGGCGCUGACACUCGGCUCGGUCGGCCGCGGCCCAGGCUCUCGGCGCGGCGCGGAGCGGAGCAGAGCGGCAGCAGAAAUCCUUAAAGUAAUUCCAUCAAAAUGACACCUUCUCAGGUCACUUUUGAAAUAAGAGGAACUCUUUUACCAGGAGAGGUCUUUGCAAUAUGUGGAAGCUGUGAUGCCUUGGGAAACUGGAAUCCUCAAAAUGCUGUGGUUCUUCUUAAUGAGAACGAGACAGGGGAAAGUGUGUUAUGGAAAGCAGUGAUUGCUCUCAGUAGAGGAAUAUCAGUGAAGUACCGCUACUUCAGGGGCUGCUUUCUAGAGCCAAAGACUAUCGGUGGUCCAUGUCAAGUCAUAGUUCACAAGUGGGAGACUCAUCUACAACCACGAUCAAUAACCCCUUUAGAAAGUGAAAUCAUCAUUGACGAUGGACAAUUUGGAAUCCAUAAUGGUGUUGAAAAACUGGAUUCUGGAUGGCUUACAUGUCAGACUGAAAUAAGAUUGCGUCUGCAUUUUUCUGAGAAACCUCCUGUCUCAAUUACCAAGAAAAAGUUCAAAAAAUCUAGAUUUAGGGUAAAGCUUACAAUAGAGGGUCUGGAGGAAGAUGAUGAUGAUGAUGAUAAGGUAUCUCCCACUGUCCUUCACAAAAUGUCCAACAGCCUAGAGAUAUCCUUAAUAAGUGACAAUGAAUUCAAGUGCAGGCACUCACAGCCAGAAUGUGGGUAUGGCUUACAGCCGGAUCGUUGGACAGAGUACAGCAUACAGACAAUGGAACCAGAUAACCUGGAACUCAUCUUUGACUUUUUUGAGGAAGAUCUCAGUGAGCAUGUAGUUCAGGGUGAUGUUCUUCCUGGACAUGUGGGCACAGCAUGCCUCCUGUCAUCUACCAUUGCUGAGAGUGGGAGAAGUGCCGGAAUCCUUACUCUUCCCAUCAUGAGCAGGAAUUCCAGAAAGACUAUAGGCAAAGUCAGAGUUGAUUUUAUCAUCAUCAAGCCAUUACCCGGAUAUAGUUGUUCUAUGGAGUCUUCAUUUUCGAAGUAUUGGAAACCAAGAAUACCAUUGGAUGUUGGACAUCGUGGUGCUGGGAACUCAACAACAACUGCCAAGCUAGCUAAAGUACAGGAAAAUACUAUCGCUUCUUUAAGAAGUGCUGCCAGUCAUGGUGCAGCAUUUGUAGAAUUUGAUGUCCACCUUUCAAAGGACUUUGUGCCUGUGGUGUAUCAUGAUCUUACCUGCUGUUUGACUAUGAAAAGGAAAAAAUUUGUGCAUACACAGAAAGUUGAAGCUGAUCCAGUUGAACUGUUUGAAAUUCCAGUAAAAGAAUUAACAUUUGACCAACUCCAGUUAUUGAAGCUUUCUCAUGUGACCGCACUAAAAACCAAAGACCACAGACAAUCUUUCUCUGAGGAGGAAAAUGCCUUUUCUGAAAACCAGCCAUUUCCUUCUCUUAAGAUGGUUUUAGAAUCAUUGCCAGAAAAUGUAGGAUUUAAUAUAGAAAUAAAAUGGAUUUGCCAACACAGGGAUGGAGUAUGGGAUGGCAACUUAUCAACAUAUUUUGAUAUGAAUGUGUUUUUGGAUAUAAUUUUAAAAACUGUUUUAGAAAAUUCUGGGACGAGGAGAAUAGUAUUUUCUUCAUUUGAUGCAGAUAUUUGUACAAUGGUUCGGCAGAAGCAAAACAAAUAUCCCAUAUUAUUUUUGACCCAAGGAAAGUCUGAUAUUUAUCCUGAACUCAUGGACCUCAGAUCUCGGACAACACCCAUUGCAAUGAGUUUUGCACAGUUUGAAAAUAUCUUGGGAAUAAAUGCCCAUACUGAAGACCUCCUUAGAAACCCAUCCUAUGUCCAAGAGGCAAAAGCUAAGGGAUUGGUUAUAUUCUGCUGGGGUGAUGAUACCAACGAUCCUGAAAACAGAAGGAAACUGAAGGAAUUUGGAGUAAAUGGUCUAAUAUAUGAUAGGAUAUAUGAUUGGAUGCCUGAACAGCCAAAUAUAUUCCAGGUGGAGCAGUUGGAGCGCCUGAAGCAAGAAUUGCCAGAGCUUAAGAACUGUUUGUGUCCCAGUGUUAGCCACUUCAUCCCUUCUCCUUUCUGUGUGGAGCCUGAUAUCCAUGUGGAUGCCAACGGCAUUGAUAAUGUGGAGAACGCUUAGUUCCUAGUGCACAAAGGACAUUUAGGGGUACAUCGCUGCUCUGAUGAUGUUCACUUUUCACCAUUGAGCACUGCUGUUGCCUCUUAGGUUUCUCAGUCCAAUGAAGCAAUAAUGAAGUAUUUUAUUAUUUCAUUUAUAGUUCCCGCAAGAAUAUCAAGUAUGCUAUUUAUCACUUGUCCAGGUAUAAUUACCAACCAGUCUCUGUACAAUGAGAAAAUAUACUGUUAAACAUUUCAAUGAGAUAUCCAAGCCUAUAAUGGUGAAUCUUCAUUAAAAGCAUAAUACUUGGAAAUUAACUAUAUAAAUAUCUCAUUUAAAGUUCAGGCUUUUCAUUUGAUUAAGUCUUAAAUCUCCAGUGCUUGAGAAAAAUGACUGCAUAAUUAUACCUGACCAUGGAAAAACUAAGUACCUCAAUGCAUGCAUUUGCACUGGUGGCUCCAGCUGCACACAUCUGUGUCAUCCAUGUACAUAGGUAUCUUUACAUGGUUGAUAGGAACUUGCACCAUUUUCCUUUAAUAUAAACCUCAGAUUGCUGCCAUUUCCCACUUGACCCAAACCAGCCUGCAGAUGAACCUCAAAACUUGUUUCACAAACAAUUCAAAGCUAUUCAAGUUCCAGAAUGCUGCAGGGUAACUUAAUGUAUAAAGCAUUUGUAAAACGUACAUAUUGCAUAUAUAGUAGUGUAGAUCAGAAUGUAUAAAUUUGACUCAAUGCAUGCUUUUGGUUUUAAGCAUGAGAUUGCACAUGUUUACUGUUAAGUCCUUGCAUCUGGUGCUAGGUGAGUGAGAUGUUAAGGACAUAAAAUAUUUUGUCGCCUAAAAAAACAAAGUCUGUUUUAGACACUUUGAGUAUGCUUAUUUAGUGUCUCACUACCUAGUAAAUGUAAUUGCUGUGUGUGUUACACAGCAGUUAAGUUCCCAUGCAGAAAAAUAAAUGUCCUGAAUUCUCAAAUUGGUAUUCUUUAUUGUUUAAUAUAUAUCAUGUAUGUAAUUUAUUUAGGAAUGUAGAUCUUACUGUAUAUAAAUGCAUGCUUUUAGGAUUAUACUAAGAUUUCUUUAGAAGCAGAUUGUAUUGAUAAAACUGUAACUUCAAAAUGAAUGUUAAAUAAAAUGACAGAUUUAUUUUUUCCUCAUCUUAAAAUGAAAUUUCAAGAAGGUAUUUUAUAGAAUGGUUUUAUAAUGGUAUUCUGCCUGACAAAUAGAAAUUUUAUUCUGCUUGUGGGCCGGCUCACUACACUUUCUGUGUCCUGCUGAGGCAGUCUGUUCAUGUAUCGACAUUUGAUAGAAGCUAAAAACGUAAGAUAAGACAAGUUGUACCUUUUUUUAAUUAUUUUUUUAUUUUUUGAGACAACCUAUGUAGUCCUGGCUGUCCUGGAACUGAACUCACUGUGUAAGCCAGUUGGCUUUGAACUCUCAGAUACAUCUGCCUCUGCCCCCUAAAUGGUAUUAAAGUCAUAUGCCACCA